GGCUAGCUAUUGUUUUAGUCUUGAAAGUGUUUGCGGUUGGUUAAUAUCAAGAAAACCAAAACUAUUCGGUCGCGGUUUGGUAGUGAAUGAAAGUUUAUUGAACAUUUAUAUUAACUUUCUGUCAUUAAAAAUUGCAGUGACAGAAAGUUAUAAGAUGAAGGUUCUUUCGGUGUUGAUAUUGUUUAUUGGAUUUACAUGCCAGUGUAUUGAUGGCAAAUGCAUUUGGUAUGGCCAACAUCAUAUGGAAGGAAACUACUGGGUAAACACUUAUUAUGAUGGCUCUGCAAAACCUCUAGAAAAUACAAGAGCUAUAGAACUCUUUAAAAAAAGAUGCCCACUUUUGUAUGUGGAAUACUCAAGUGGCCCAAGCGAAGGCGAUCAACCGAUUGAACUUUGCUGUGAUGAUGAACAAAUCUUUACAAUGGACAAUGGUAUGUCACAAGCUGAUGGUAUAUUUGGCCGAUGCCCAACAUGCGCCACAAACAUGGGACUGUCAAUUUGUGCCAUGACAUGUGCUCAAAAUCAAAGUGAGUUUCUGGUUCCCAAAGUCAUCAAUGAAGAAUACGUUGAAUCUGUUGAAUACAAGAUUGAUGACGGCUUCACCGAAAAAGUCUAUGACAGUUGCAAGAACGUUAUUCACACAGCCACCGGACGUCCAGCCAUGGAUCUAGCUUGUGGUGUAUAUGAUGCUUUAACAUGCAGCCAUCAGCGAUGGUUUAAUUUUAUGGGUGACAAGUCGACAAAUGAAUAUGUCCCAUUUCCAAUUAAUUACAAAUUUUUGGAUGAAACCGAACCUGGACGUUACCUGGGACCAGCUUUAAGUUGUGGCAGUUCAUUCCCAGGCUCACACAAAUGCUCCUGUGUGGAUUGUGAAGAAUCUUGCCCGGUUGGUGAAAUUCCGAAAGCUGAAGAUGAAGGCUUUCAAAUUUGGGGUCUUAAUGGUGUCACAUUCAUAGUGGCGGUAGUUCUUGGUAUUUUCAUUAUUGUAGUGGUGUUUUUAGGCGCAACAAGUUGUUGCCGAAUGAAAAAUCUCAAACUACCCUGGAUAUGCGGAGGCUUUGGAUUUAUGAAUCAUUUGUUAUAUAGACUCUUCAGAGCUUGGGGUACAUUUUGUGCUAAGAACCCAAUUUUGAUUCUGGCUAUAUGUUCUUGGGCCAUUGGAGUUCUAGCUUAUGGAGUGCGUUACAUGAAAAUCACAACAGACCCUAUUGAACUUUGGUCUGGCGAAGAGAGUCCAACACGUCAGGCGAAAAACUAUUUCGAUACUCAUUUUGAACCAUUCUAUCGGACUAAUCAACUUUUCAUCAAGCCUACGAAGAUGGACUAUAUCACCCACAUUACAUCAGCCGGAGAGAUGCGUUUCGGACCAGCGUUCGAAAAAGAUUUCUUGCGAGAAGUUUUUCAACUACAGCUACAAAUUCAAGACAUUGGAAUGGCCGAAGGUCUGGGGCUGGACAAAAUUUGCAAAGCUCCAGUUUUGUAUCCAGGAGAGAAGCCUAUAAUUGACAAGUGUUUGGUACAAUCGAUUUUUGGAUACUAUAAGAAUGACAUGCAAGAAUUCGAGAAGGAGUAUGAAGGACCUGACGGGCUAACGGUGAACUAUUUGAAUCAAUUGGAAGAGUGUUUGAGAGUACCAAUGCUGGACAAAUGUUUGGCACCAUAUGGCGGCCCAAUCGAACCAAAUGUCGCUGUCGGUGGAAUUCCUAAGCCUGGCCCUGGUGAAAGUGAAGACUAUCGUCUUGGUACGGGACUUGUAAUAACCUUCUUAGUCAAAAACUAUGUCGAUAAAGAAGCCACAAAACCAGCGGCAGAAUGGGAGAAAAAAUUCAUUGACUUUAUGAAAAAUUAUACCAACGAUAAAAUGGACAUUGCCUUCAGUGCUGAACGAUCAAUUCAAGAUGCCAUAGUCGAACUGUCAGAAGGUGAAGUUCUGACAGUUGUUAUCAGUUAUGCUGUGAUGUUUAUCUAUGUGGCAAUUGCAUUGGGUAAAAUUCGAAGUUGUUCGAACUUUUUCAAGGAAUCUAAGAUUGUCUUGGCUGUUGGUGGAAUCUUUAUUGUAAUGGUAUCGGUUGUAUGCAGUUUGGGUUUUUGGGGUUAUAUGGAUGUGACAACGACAAUGUUGGCAAUUGAGGUUAUCCCGUUUUUGGUGUUGGCUGUGGGAGUUGAUAAUAUUUUCAUUAUGGUUCACACUUAUCAUCGUUUGGAUAGAUCACAGUUCUUGACAGUUCCUGAGGCGGUUGGGGAAGCUGUUGGUCGAAUUGGACCUUCGAUAUUACAGACUGCACUUUCGGAAUUUGCUUGUUUUGCUAUCGGUACCAUCGCUGAUAUGCCAGCUGUCAAAACGUUUGCCAUGUACGCUGCUGUUGCAAUCAUUUUAGAUUUCUUAUUCCAAAUCACUGCAUUUGUUGCAAUGAUGAGUUUGGAUGAGAGACGUUUUGAAUCGGGACGAUUUGAUUUGUUAUGUUGCAUCAAAUCAAGUCGAAAACCGCAUCAUGAUGACGAUACAAGUUUGCUUGAGAAAUUCUUCACUAGCAUUUAUGCUCCAUUUUUAAUGUCAAAGAUUGUCAAAAUUUCGGUUUUAAUCAUUUUCACCGUAGUCACAGCACUUUCUUUGAUGAUUGUACCAUCUAUUGAACUUGGUUUGGAUCAGGAAUUAUCAAUGCCAAAAGAUUCGCAUGUUGUCAAAUACUUUCAGUUUAUGGCUCAAUUGUUAUCAACUGGGGCACCAGUUUAUUGGGUACUUGGUCCGGGUUUGAAUUACUCAGAAAGGAAUCAUCAGAAUUUGAUUUGCGGUGGUGUUGAAUGUAAUAAUGAUUCAAUGUCAACUCAGCUUUAUAUCCAAUCGAGAUAUCCGGAAAUCACCAAAUUGGCACGUCCUGCAGCAUCAUGGAUUGAUGACUACAUUGACUGGCUAAGUAUUGAAACAUGUUGCAAAGUGAAUCAAACUGAUGGAACCUUUUGUGCUAGCAAUUCAUAUGCAGAGGAAUGUGUAACCUGUCCUCGAUCAUAUUCCGAAGAUGGCCUUCGACCAACACCAGAAACAUUCAACAAAUACAUUCCAUUCUUUCUCUCAGAUCUGCCUGAUGCAGAUUGUGCGAAAGCUGGACGACCUUCCUACUACGAUUCUGUAAUAUACACUCUUGAUGAAAAUGGUGAAAGUCACAUCCGUGAUACAAAUUUCAUGCAAUUUUCCACCACUUCCGUUACUUCAAAGCAAUUUUACACAGCUUUGAGAGAAGCCAAUCGAGUUGCUGAUGAAGUUAAGGACAUGUUUAAGAAAAAUGACAUUGAUGUUGUGUUCUUCCCGUAUUGUGUAUUUUUCGUUUACUACGAACAAUAUCUAACAAUUUGGGAUGACACAAUUUUCGCCUUGGGAUUAUCCUUGGCAGCUGUAUUUUUGGUUACCUUCGUUAUAACUGGAUUUGAUGUCAUAUCUUCGUGUAUGGUUCUCAUAACAGUUCUUUUGAUUCUGAUAAAUAUGGGAGGAAUGAUGUGGGCCUGGAAUAUUUCAUUAAAUGCAGUCUCAUUGGUUAAUUUAGUUGUGUGUGUUGGCAUUGGAGUCGAAUUUGUUGCACACACUCUUAGAUCGUAUAAAAAUUACACAGGUUCGACAAAUGAACGAGCUACCAAAGCACUUUCAGUGACCGGAAGUAGUGUUUUAUCGGGAAUUACGUUAACGAAAUUUGCUGGAAUAAUUGUACUGGCAUUUUCGAAGUCACAAAUAUUUCAUAUUUAUUACUUCAGAAUGUAUUUGGGCAUCGUACUGAUAGGGGCAGCACAUGGUUUGAUAUUAUUGCCAGUUGUGUUGAGCAUAUUUGGCCCACUCUCUAAGCCAGAAAAACAAACAUUAUUGUAAGACUUGUUUAAGAAUAAUAAUUGAUAAUUGUAUUUUGUAAGUAAUAAAUCUGAUAAGAAUA